AUGCGGGGCACAGAAAGGAAAGGGAAAUCCCCACGCAGCAGCCCUCAGCCAAGAGCAGCAGCCGCCUCCUCCCAACGGUCUCCAUCGCCUGGGACACCCCAGGGGACGCAUCACAAUGGGGGGGGCUUUAUAAAGGGCGCCAGCAGGCAGCUGCCCCAGUACGGCCUGGGCCACCGGCGAGUGCGCUUCAAGGCCAUGGCUUCGAUGACGGUCCGCGUCUUGGUUCUGCUGAGCUUCUUCCUGCGCCUGCCGGUGGUCGGCAAAGAGCUGGAGGAGGCCACACACGAGCACAUGCGGCUCCGGGAGGAGCAUCUCAACCAGGAGAUGGCUCAGCUGAUGGUGGAGCUGGAGCAGAGGAGCCAGGAGCAGAGCACCUCUGCCCCGGGAGCCCUGCUCUUGGCUGCCUUGCAGCACUGGCAGUUCUGGGCAGUCGCUGGAGUCCUAGUGCUGUUCCUCGGGCUCUGCUGGUGGCUGAGGAAUAGAAGCCAUGAGGAGAAGGAAGUCGAGGAGGAGGAGGAAGAAGAGGAGGACGAGCCAUUAGAUAUGUACCGAUUUCUUGAUGAGCACCCGUUGUGGCCCCAGCCAGACAGGGAAGAAGGAGUAGGCACGAUGUUGGAAGAGCUUGUGAAUGACCUCCUCUGUGUCUGCCGUAUCCUCUCCAGCAACAGCUUCAUGCCAUGGCUGCAGCCAGCUGUCAGCAUGGGUGGCUUUGCAGGAGCCCAGGCUCUCAGUGAAGACUUUGUCUACCGCCUGCUUGUGCCCCUGAAGCCACCCCCUGGGCACUCCUUCCACCUCAAGCGGGACAGCAAAGGGGACAACCCGGUGAGGGACAGCCGCCUGCUUGUCACGCUGGAGUGCACAUGCCAAAGGCAUCGGCGGCUGGGGGACAUGCUCUGCUUCCUCCACCACCCUGAGGACGAGCUGAUGACCAGGCAGGAAGCCAACCUCCUACAAACCCUCUGCAUCGGCUCAUACCUCGACAUGCAGAAAACUGCCUUCUGGCUCCAGGGGCUGAUGACAGCAGCCAGCGUUGAUCUCUUUGAGGACAUCCUGUGCAGACUCACCGUGUUGCCCUCCACACGGUUCUGCAAGUUCAAGCUGACCAACAGCGUUGGGACAUUCCUCUACGUUGAGCUGAUCUUGGCAGUGAAGGUGGGCAACACAUUUGUAACCAUGGAGUAGGCAGAAGUCCGUGUUACCAGCAGCACGAGGUGGCCAGAGAGUGAGUGCCAAAGAGAGAGAGUUCAUUCCUUCUGAGUCCUUCCCUUUGUGCAAAGUUGUCAAUAAUCUGCCUGUGUUUGAACAAAGGGCAAGUGUCUGCAUCAGGUUUUUUGCAGAACUUGGGCGCAGGGUGCUGACUGCUCAGAUGCCCCAGAGUCGA